AUGAAAGUAAUCAACAACCGAUUCCUCCAGCAAACUUUUCCACUCGAAAAUAAUAAAUUCAAGAAUCCUUAUGAAGAAGAUCUAGUCCUUUCAGUUGAUGAUGUCAAGAAAUUCCAUUAAGAGAACUUUCUCAAGAAUAAGUAGCAUUAUCCAGCUACUUCUAAGCUCUUUAAAGCCAAACUUGCGACUUUCUUUUAAUACUAUGGAGCUAAAGUCCAUUUCAACUAUAUUCCAAGCGUAAAUGAAGAUACAGGAGUAAAGAACUAUAUCAGAUACUUAAUCAUUGAGCACUCAGAUUUAGUGAGAGAUCUAAACUAUUGGGAGACAUUUUCAGUUAGUAAUCUCAUGCAUAGACCAAUUGAAGUUGUGCACAAUGAAGAAUGGUUUCUCAGGAAUGAUGAGAUCCAGCAUGCUUUCCUUUAAAACAGGAUUAGUGCUUGCAGUCUAGCUUUGCUGAAUGCCAAAUACCCAGCCUAUCCUGAAAAGGUGCUUUACUCCAAUAUACUAAAUCUGACUAAGUAUCGGAGUAAAGGACUGAAGCUCAUUGACUACGAGGACACUGAUCUUGUGGUGGAUAAAUAAUUUGAUGAAUUCACUAAGAUUUACCGUCCAAUUCUUCAGAAUCAUGAACCAUUUGGUAAUAGAGUGCAAAUGAUCGAAAACAACUUCGAUCCCAGCCAAUUAAUCAUUAACACUAACAAUGAUAAGCAAAGUCAGAUCAAAUAUCUCAUGAAUGUGAACGAUAAUGUCUUUAAGAAUAUAGCUUCUAUUAGUGUCAGAUCAUAUGAUGCUAAGAUGAAAUUUACCAAGAAGCAAUUUUCAGAGCAAGAUAAAUUUGAAGAAGCAGAGGAAAUUUUGAACGAUUACCCUACAAAGAAGAAACUUGAUACAGCCUUAUCUAGAAGCAUUGACAAAAUAAUGAUUGCUAAUAGGAAUACCAAACUGUUCUUCAUUUUAAUGAGUGGUCCAUUCUUCGCUGGAAUGAUGUUGUUCAAAAAGGGAAAAGGAGCAGCAAAGAAUGAGGAGCCUGCUCCAGUCAUUGCAGUAGUUUGA